GUAAGAAAGUGAAAAAAGCUUCGGUAGUAUGCCAAUUUCACAUGCAUUACACGUAUUUUUGUUUUAAUGUUUAUUUAAAUUAAGACCAUGGCUCCAUUUUUGUCUAUGUUGCGCAUUGGCAUUUAUAUUUUUCCAUUGGCAACAUCGUUCUAGUACAAAGCAAAAGCGAGUUGUGUCAAGAAUUAGUGCUUUUUCUUCGUAAAUUAAUCUCAUCAAAGUGUAAUAAAAUUGAAUAGUGUUAGUAGUGUUGUGAUGAGUUUGCUAGGUGAUAUUUCGUAUUUUCUUUACUACAUGCCAUUAGAGCGAUAAGUUGCGGAAAUGGCAAAGAAAUCAGAUAAUACUGGCGGAAAGCUGGUGACUGUGUCUAUUGUGGGAUUGUCUGGUACUGAAAAAGAUAAAGGGCAGCUGGGUGUUGGUAAAUCCUGCUUUUGCAACAGAUUUGUUCGAACACAUGCUGAUGAUUACAAUGUUGAUCACAUCUCAGUUCUGAGUCAGUCUGACUUCAGUGGACGUGUGGUGAACAAUGACCACUUCCUGUACUGGGGAAGCGUAUCCAAGGAGAAUGAUGACCAGGAGUACAGAUUCGAAGUUGUGGAACAGACUGAGUUCGUUGAUGACGCCUGCUUUCAACCAUUCAAAGUGGGUAAAACGGAAGCAUACAUCAAAAGAUGCGUGGCCACCAAACUUCAAUCUGCCGAGAAGCUUAUGUACGUGUGCAAGAACCAACUGGGCAUAGAGAAGGAGUACGAGCAGAAGCUCAUGCCCGAUGGGAAGUUGAGUGUGGAUGGGUUCCUGUGUGUCUAUGACGUGAGUCUUGUGCCUGGACGCAGCUGGGAGAAACAGAACGAAAUCCUCGCUGCGAUACUCCAGAACAUAUUGAAGUUGAAGAAGCCGGUAGUCCUAGUCACUUCAAAGAAUGACGAGAUGUGCGAUCAAGGUGUCAGAGAGGCCGAGCGCUUGGUACAACGCAAGGAGUUCAAGGGUUCGAUACCCAUCGUCGAAACGUCUAGCCACGAUAAUGUUAAUGUGGACCAAGCGUUUAUACUCUUAGCGCAGAUGGUCGAGAAAUCAAAGGCAAGGAUUAAGGUUGCUAAUUAUGCAGAAGCUUUAAGAAUAAGGAGAGAGAACCUCGAUUUUGUUACUGAAGCGUUCACGCAGCUCAUACGGAUACACGUCCAAGACCACAAAGAAAUGUGGUCGGCAGCUAGCAAAAGACUGUGCCACUACCCUGAAUGGGUGAAGUUUGUCCAGCAAUUUGGCAACGAUGGAACCCAGGUUGUAUAUCGUCGUCAUAUCAGGAGGCUCAAGGAAGAGAGAUCAGCGAAGAAGCUCAGGAAGCAACUGGCCAAACUGCCACAAGUACUAUCGAGAAUGCAGCUGCCCACUGAAGAUUUACAGGAAAGCGAUUGGCCAAUGGUGGUACGUCAGCUUCGAUCUCACCGCGACUUCUCGGUUUACUUCAGCGAAGGCCGAGCCCCCGACUCGGGCUCUGAGUCGGGCUCCGAACUGGAGAGUCCCCUCGGCGCUGAUACGACGCUGCGGGUCGGCGAACGGGCGCGAUACCAGACAUUGGGACAGUCGCAGAAGAUUCCUUACGAAAUUUUGGAGACCAACGAAGCGGCAGUGGUUUUCAAAACUUACCUACACGAAGCUCAAGAAGAACAGAGAAAUUACGAAUGGUGCCAGCAAUUCAAACGAUUACUAGAAGAAACCGGUUACGUCACACCCGGUAAACAGUUAUCGGAAGUUCGCGUACUCCUCAUGGGUAGGGAAUGUUACGAAGCUCUAUCCGAUGAACAACAACAGAGGGUUUACGAUCAACAUCAGAGGCAGAUUCAGCGACGCGCUAAAAACAACCUUCAGGAACUCCUAUUGGAACACGCCGAUUUAUUUUACCACUUUAAAAGCAUAUCUCCCACGGGAACUAUCACCCAAGAGGAUAUCAAGGAGAUAACAGAUGUCCUCCAGGAUGAUUUCAGGUACAAGAUGCUGGAUCGCAUGGAGCAAGACAGAAAGCUGAUGUUGUUUCAACAUUUGGGCUUCGUUCACUGUCCGAUGAGGGAGCACUGUCCCGCUGGCAGCAAUUGUUUAGAUGUCACGUUGCCAGUUAUACUCAACACUAGAGUUGGAUCUCUUACGUCGUCGAGUGAGUCACAGUGCCACGCCGGCCCCCCGGCCGCUCCUUGGGCGUUGACCACGGAUUCCAAUCAGAUCAACGUCAUUAUAUUGGGUGUGGAAGGUGUAGCCGGUGAAUUCGGCAAGCGUUUACUGGCCGGCUGCGAUUCGGAACGAAGGGUUUCCGUCCAAGGUCAGACGUGGCGGGUCGAACAACGCGUCAGAACUGACGACUUCACCACUGAAACUACUAGUAUAGAUGAGUUCGCGCCAAACGGAUAUUUUUGCGUGUUUCAAGACCAAGAAUCAUUUGAAUACAUUAGAGGUUGUGCCGAGAAGACUUUACUUUCGAGCCUUGAACAAGAGGACAAGUUACCUUUCCAGGGACUACCGUUGGUUGUGAUGUUUGUGCAAGACGAGGGCAUGGACAAGAAAGAAUUGGCGAGGCUGCAGGAGGAAGGCCAGAAUCUUGCCGAUAACUUACAUUGUUCUUAUAUGGAGGCGUCUGUUAAUGAGCUCGGUACAGAAGCAUUGACUGCUGACGCUGUCCAGGAGUUGAUUAGGGCCAACAGGGAGAAGGCCAGUUACGCACAUCUAUAUAGGGACCUUAUAGUAUGCUUCGAUUCCGAUAUACGGAUAAUGGUAUGCAUGUUCUGCGACGAUCCAUAUUCGCCUGAAAGAGUACUGAGUCCGCUCUUACUUCACAAAGCGUGUUUCCUCACCGGAGACAGGUCGAUAGUCAUAGAGACGUUCUUGGGCGAUUCCAAGAGGAAAGUCGAGGUAAUCAUAUCGAGUUUUCAUGGAGCAACGCAGUUCAGGGAGGAAUUGAUACACGGCUUCAUACUCAUAUACUCGGCCAAAAGGAAGGCCAGUUUAGCUACUUUAAACGCCUUCUCAAUGAACAUCCCCAACCUGCCCAUACAAAUGGUUGCUGUCACCGAUGGCGGCGGCUCCGCGGCGAGUGCGUUCUUCGGCACCGACGUCGGCCACGCGCUCAUCACUGAGGGCAACGCGACUGCCGACAGGCUGGCAGCGCAUUUCACCACAUAUACAUCCAGUGCUGAGAAUAAAUCGGCGUUCUACACACCAUUCUUUAAAGAAGUGUGGGAGAGGAAGGGUGAAAUCGAACGCGCUUUCCGCAUGGAACAACCCCCUCACAAUCUGCCAGACGUGGCUUCUGCGCGGCCUUUACCACCCCCAAGAAACCACUCCUACCACAACCACAAGAUGGAACACAAACUGACCAACUCCUUGGAUCUCCUCAUUGGUCCUGACUCUCGCGCCGACAUCGACUCCGAAUAUAGCGACACUAUGAACAACAAGAAUAGGGGCUUCUUGAAAGGUUUUAGUGUUUAUCCACCGCCUAGCACGCCACCAGAGCCAGCACCGCCUGACCAUAGAAUGCAUGACCUUUCACAUGGCGGUGGACUAUGGCAACCACCAAGCUAUGGACACCGUGCUUUUACAACGGGACGAACAAGACCUCAUCCGCCACCCCAACGCCCUAGACAUUCGCAGACUUUAAAGCAACCUGGAAAAUUAGAUAUGAAUAACUACACAAUGGUGAGCGACGCACUUCAACAUAUCACGAUAGGCCCUCCGCCCACCAGGGAAAGAAAGUCCCAGCGGUCGGGUUGGUCGCAUUCUAGCUCGCAGCAAAGCGGACACCACCAUCAUCCGUCCGGCGUUAGUUCCGAGACUGAGUUGGAUGUUCAAUACGCUCAGAUUAAAGAACCCAACGAAUAUAUGGAAGCGCCGUCAAUGAUGAGGCUGAGGAGACAUCGGAGGCACGAAAAGACGCCUUUACAUCAACCUUCAUUCUCGGAGACAGACAGUUCCGGUUCUAGUGAAGCUUCCGGUGCGGGCGCGAGAUCGCACACGCGACGUAGGCAUAACGCUCAUCACGCGCCCCGGCAUUACAAGAAACGGUCGUUAGGUAAUUUAGUCGCCGUGCAAAGUCCGCGAGUGCCUAAGUUGGGCAUGUUUGUGGGACCACCUGAACUGCCAACUAGUUAUCGGGCCAGAACGCAAGAGGAUAAAGCUGCUAGCGAAUCUAGUGAAGGCAGUUCCGAUGGCGAAACGCGGAGGCCGAGGCCUUUACCCUUACCACCGCAUCACGAACCCGCCCAUAAGAUAUUGGGUGCCGAAUAUCCGUCGUCUGCGCAAGAGAAUUCGUCGUCGAGCGCUGCCGAUACGAGGCGGAGAGCUCAUCCCUUCUCCAAACACGAUCGACGGCACAAGGAGUUCACAAAGAGCAAAGAUUCCAAAAAGAAUUCGUCACAAAUGUCCACAACCGCGUCACCCGCGAAUUGGGGUCCUCAGGGUCCACACGGCGUGCCUCUAUUCGUGGAGAAGUGCGUGGAAUUCAUAGAACGCGAAGGAUUAUCGUCGGAAGGCUUGUAUCGAGUGCCCGGCAAUCGAGCGCACGUAGACAUGCUUUACACGAAGUUCUACGAAGAUCCGAAUGUGGACAUGGAUUCAUUGGACAUCCCCGUGAAUGCGGUCGCGACGGCGUUAAAAGACUUCUUCUCAAAGAAACUACCGCCCCUACUCGACGAGGCUAGCAUGGCGCAGCUUGAAGAUAUCGCAGCGAUGCGGGGUUGUAUCGCGGGUGGGGUGGAACUAAAAGAUCGCAGCUGGCGACUGCUAGCUCUCCGCACGCUGCUCAACAACGCACUCACGCCGCUCGCGAGGGCCACGCUCGACUAUCUGUUGCAUCACUUCGCCAGGGUCGCGGACAACUCGAAACUCAACUCGAUGGACAGCAAGAACCUCGCGAUAUGCUGGUGGCCUACCCUGCUCCCCGUACAGUUCUCCGACAUGGGCCGGUUCGAGAUGACCCGGCCCUAUCUGGAGGACAUCGUGCAGACCAUGAUCGACCAGCACCCCUUCCUUUUUAGGGGGAAAGAGGCCUUCGUUAUGGUGUGAGGGCAGGAAGAACCCACAAUGCGGGUUGCAUUUGUGAUGGACGACGUCUGACGUCAACGAAACGAUGACGUCACGCAAAAUGGCGUUUAGAGCGGGACCGUUCCGAGUGAGCUAGAUACGCGUAAUGUAGUGUUUAAGCCCCUAUGUACAUUGGUCGCGCAGUUGAAUAUCGUUUCUAUUGCUUGGUAAUAAGGAUGUGCACGCGAAUAUAGAAUGACGUCGCACUGGAUCGCAUUUCGAUUGUUUAUAGUGGCUAAGAACGAAGCGUUAACGGUUUUUAUUAUAAUAAUAAUUAUAAUUAAUAACGAAACACUGUAAGCUGAAAUUGUUGUACGAUGUAAAGAUUGCGUCUGUCAAAUUUAAAAUUUUCGUUGAAACGACUCGUUCUCAUAUCAUAAACGCUUAGUGUAACGGCGAACGUUGAAUAUGCUUGCAAUUUUCUAUUACUUUUACGCGAAAGGCCGUUUGAUUAAUAUAAUAAGGAAGAAAAAAAACAGUAUUUAAUAAAUAUGUAUUACGAUUACAAAAAAACCUAGAUGUUAUUUGCAUCGUGGAUAGGUGUAAGCGGUACGUGCACAAGAAAUAUUUAACGGAUAUCGAUAUAAAUGGUUUAUAAUUACUAAGUAUUAUCGAAUAAUGUGUAAUUGUUUUUUGUAUGAUGGUGGAUAGUGAGAACGUCGUCUAAGCACAUUCCGUUCAAUCGAGAUGUAAUUGUGGUUUAAAUUGUUAAAUUAUUAUUAAAUAACACAAAAUAGUGAUAAUAUAUACUGUGUGUAUAAUUUUGUAUGGUACGUAAGCGAAUAUAAGGGAGGCUUGUCAUUUUAAUUAAAAAAAAAUGUGUAAAAAAUAUCUACCCACUUUAUUUCGUAAAGGAAGAUGAUUAGUUUUUAUUUACUUUUUAUAAAUACAUUUAGUAUGUAUAGCCGUUAAGGUCAAGAUUCUUUGAUGUAGUUAUGCAAAUAGAAACCUACAUUUAUAAACAGACUGAAUAAAUUAAUAACAUGUUAUAAUUACUUAACAUUUCAGUGAUAUACCGUCUCAUAUUGCGCAUAAAUGCUAUUAUGAAAUAUCUACCGACAUUCCCGCCAUCCAUCGGUACUUUUAUUAUAAAAUAUAUACGUUUAUACCGGUGGUUCCAUUUUGCAUAACUAUGACCAAAUGUUUUUGUUUGCGGGUACGCUACCUCCCAUUGUUUUAUAAAAUCUCAUUAAACACCAACCUUAUUGUGAAUUAUUAUGAUAUAAUUCUAUAACUUAUUAUAAUACAUAUUAAUAAUUAUUAUAUUACUCUGUAAGUAUUUUUACAUCACAAAAUAUUAUCACAUUCUAUUAUCAAAAUAUUAUAACAAAGUAUUUAUUUAAUUUAGUUGGUGAUAUAUUUUAAUUUAUGCGAAUAUUAUAACUAAAUUUUCCUUUUUUUUAUAGGAACAGAUUUUAUUUAAUAUUUUAUUUUAAUUAACGAUUGUGCACAUAAUAAAAUUGCUAAUGUUAUUUUUUUUAUAUAUAAAAAUAAACUGUUUCCAUCCGUGUUUUAUGAGGGCAGCUUGUUUAAUUUGAGACUGAUUUAAAUUACAUACGUAGUGCAUCUACCCUCGUUUCUCAUACAUAUGUUUUUGCGAUGCGAUUUUGCAGAUUGAUAUUAUAGAGUUUUUCAAUAAAGUGCAAUUCAAUACGUACUCACUGCUAGAUUAACGAAGGCAACUGAAUAUUAUUUUAUUUUUCAUUAAAUUACUUUCUUGAGAAAAGUAGCAGUCGUUUUCAUAUCAUACACUUGAGCGCAAUUAAAUCGACUUAGAUCGAGUUUUUU